CCAUGCCGACGUUCAAGCUUGAAGAAAUGGAUGAUGAUGUCCCAUACGGUGGAGACAACGAUAUGUACUUCCGACAGUGGCGUUUGCCGUCGAUGAAGCCGAUUUUAGAUGAAAAAUUGGACCGAGAUUUUCAGGAUUCGGUAACGAGAAAAGAGGAUUAUAUGCGAGAAAAAGCUAUUCGAAGACAAAAGCACAGUGAGAAGUUCGAUAAGAAGUUUGAGGACCUUGUUAAGGCGAUGAGCGAGGUUGACGUCGGCUCGAAGAAGGAAAAUCGUCCAUUUUUGAGAAAACCCACAGAUUUGGAGCUGAAAAAAGCACGGGAAGAUUUUGAAAAAGAGUUCGCUUCUCCGAGUUCCACAGCUCGAAUGGUUCCGUUCACAGCGAGAGUCCGCCCACGCCAAAAUCCGAUUUUCGGCGAAAACAUGGCAAGCCUGAAGUCGAUAGUUCUUCCUCCUCCUGCUCCAACAAAGCCAGCUUCAACUCCAAAAGAUGCUCACGAGACAGUCUUCUACCCGCAAACUCAUGAUUCAUUCAAUUUAGAUCACUACAACGGGUCUCGACCAUCGUUCGCAUUUGCCGGAAUCCAUGGAGCCACGUCGACGCCAGUUUCGAAGCAACCGCCGUUCCCGUUGUUCUCUGAACAAAUCACUGAGGAAUGCGGUGGCGGUGGCGGCGGCGGCGGCGAUGAUAGUGUUUUUGAGAGGACUGACUUUGUGACGGCUAUGGAAUCGCCUGUUCUUCAGAAUGACGUCAUGAAAAAGGCGCUGGAAGCUCAAAAGGCAAAGGAAAUGGAGGAAAAACGAGAAAAAGCGGCUCCGAAAUUCGAUUUUUCCGCUGGAAUCGGCGGCUCAAUUCAAGAUUCCAAAGCAAAAGCUCAAAAGGGAAACGAAGCCUUCAGAGAAACAGAUCUACAGAAAGCAGUACUCGGAGAAUAUAAUGCAGCUCAGAACUAUAGGGAAAAUUCUCCAAAAUCGUCUGAUCCGGCGGCUCCGAAAUUUGGCUUUUUCGCAGACAUCGGCGGCUCAAUUCAAGAUCCCAAAGCUUCUGAAAAAUCAGAAAAUAUGGGAAAAUUUGGCUCAGAAACUUCUCCAAAAUCACCAGCAGCUGAAGCCACACGUUUGGCUCCAAAUUUCGAUUUUUCCGCAGGAUCCGGCUCCGGCUCAAUUCAUGAUUCCAAAGCUUCUCCUUCUGAAAAAUCGGGACGUUUUGGUGCAACAACGACAGGAAAUUCACAGAAAUCAUCGAUUUUCGGUGGGAACUUGCCUCCAAAUGAGCCUGGGUUUUUUGGUGUGAAACCUCCUGGAAAUGCACCCAAACAAGCAGAAAUCCCCGCUAAAACUACAGGAAAACCGUCGAUUUUUGGAGCAAACUCUCCUCAAACCAGUGGAUUUUUCGGUGUGAAACCUACUGAAAAUGCCCCGGAAAAUGCUGAAAUUCCAGCUAAAACUACUGGAAAAUCGCCGAUUUUUGGAGCAAAAUUACCUCCAAAUGAGCAAAAGCUGUCGACGAUUUUUGGAGGAAGCUCUCCCAAAACCACUGGAUUUUUACGUGUGAAGCCUGCGGAAAAUGCCCCGGAAAAUGCAGAAAUCCCCGCUAAAACCACUGGAAAACCGCCGAUUUUUGAUGAAAAGCCGCCGGAAAAAGCUCAAAAACCAUCAGUCCGGCCAUAUAUUCUAUUCAAAAACUACAUUGGCCUUCUGAAGACACUCGCCGACGAUAAGAAAUCAUUCGAAUCUAGCGCCGAUCCACAUUUCCGAGCUCUUUUGAAGAGGACCAUCACUGAAAAGGUCACCGUGUUCACACAACGCCAAACAUCGCCUGAAUCUCGUGCCGAAAUUCUGGAAUUUUUCAAAAAUUUACUGCAGAAGCAGAAAGUUCACGGAUUCGCAGUUAUUGGUAGUGCACCUGUAUUGGAGUUGAAGACUGAUGACGAUGUCAAUUAUGCAGUUUUUUGUAUUGUUGAGAAAUAUAUUUCACUGGCCGAACUCGACGAGGAACUGGCUCCAACAAUUUCCGAUCUAAUCUCUCGGCUCUCGGUAGCCCAUCGACGUGUCGAGAAAGUAUUCAUUGUGCUCAUGUUCAACAAAUCGACACUUUUACGACAGAAUCCUGAAGAGUGUCUGUCGAAAUUUAUGGAGCACACGACGGCUGAGAAUUCGGAUGCGGUGGCAAUUGAGUGGAAUCAAGAAAAGGCGCUUGUCACGCUUUUCUUUACGGUUUUCGCCAAAAACGCCACAAUCGCUUCAAAAGGAUACAAAAUGGUGUUGAACGACGAUUUGCUGUGGAAAUAUGUGAAAAUGUCCGUAGAUCACGUGCUCGAAAUUCCAAAAGCGUCGUUUAUUCUUCUGCAAUUGAUAACGACCUGCAAGCCCCGUCUCCACACAGAUUAUGCGCGAUGGAACGAAAUGCUCGGAUCAAUCCAAAAUGCAAUUAUUCCGGAAUUGGAGUCGAAUUCGUUUGAAGGUGAUGAAGCGAUCGUCAGUCAGUUGGCACAAAUGGCUGCCGUACUUCAACAAUAACGUUUUUUUAAAUGAAUUUUCUGUGAUUUCUUGAUUUCUCGGCCCCCGAUUUUACCUAUUUAUAUCGUCAUUAUUUUCAAUUUUUUUUUUGGUGUGAGAAACAAACUUGUACUAUGAUUUUCUCACAUAUUCCGCGCUGGUUAUCAAUUUAUUUUUUUCUGUUUAAUAAAUAUUUUUGAGAUCCAAA